AUGAAGUAUGUAGAGAUUUACCAGCAAGCCAUUCUUCUAGCUGUGACAUAUAUCUCCCUACUUCUAGCAGAUUAUGCUCCUUACUUCUAUAACAAUGCACCAAACAGCACCAAUGGGAACAUGGCUAUGUUGAGCAUUCCUGAGGAUACGCCUAUAGGAUCACAUCUGUACACUUUAAAUGGCACAGAUCCAGAGGGAAAUUCAGUCACUUACCACAUGACCUUUGAACCUGGAACAAAACAAUAUUUUGCAGUGGAACCACAAACAGGAGAUGUCACUUUGGUGGAGGAGCUGGACAGAGAGAAAGAAGAUGAAAUUGAAGUACUUGUUGGCAUUUCUGAUAGUGUGAAUAAAGUUGUCGAAAAGGUUCGAAUACUUGUAACAGAUGCCAAUGAUGAGUGCCCAGAGUUCAUUAAUAGACCCUAUAUCAUUAAUAUCCCUGAGGACACCCCUUCGGGGACCAGCAUAUUCAAGGUGCAGGCAGUGGACAAAGACAAUGGAUCUGGAGGCAGUGUCACUUAUUUUCUGCAGAAUAUGCAGAAGAACAAGUUUUCAAUGGAUCGAUACAGUGGGGUCCUUCGACUAAAAUCAAGUGUAACUCUGGAUUUUGAGAAGUCUACGACCCACUUUGUUACUGUUAAAGCCAAGGAUGGAGGUGGCAAGUUGAGAGGAAUGCAUCGAAUUUGCUCUUCCUCAACCACUGUAACAAUCAAUGUUUUGGAUAUUCAGGACACUCCUCCCAUAUUUUCUGGCACACCAUAUUUUGGAUACGUGUAUGAAGAUACUGAACCUGGUUCAGAAAUAUUUACAGUGACGGCCUAUGAUGGAGACCGUGGGAACCCCAAUCCAAUCCAUUACACUAUUGCACAUGGAAACGAUGGAUCUUUUGAUAUUAAUAGCACAACUGGGGCUAUUACUCUCCUUCGAGCCACAAAGUUUCUUCAGAAGGACAUUUACAAACUUCUAAUUCAGGCCUCAGAGGUUAAUCCAGAUGUUGAUGUACAAACGUUUAUGACAGCUAUGGUAACAAUCCAGGUGGUGGACCUCAACAAUCAUCGCCCCACUUUUUAUGGUGAGAAUGGUCCCCAGUCACAAUUUGAGAUUACAAUGCAUGAACAUCCCCUGGAAGGAGAGAUACUGCGUGGACUGAAAAUAACAGUAAAUGACUCUGAUCAGGGAACAAAUGCACAAUUCAACCUCAGGCUAGAGGGCCCAGAUGGUAUUUUCCGAAUUAUUCCCCAAAUUGUCAUCAACGAGGCACAAGUCACAAUCAUAGUGGAGAACUCGACUGCUAUUGACUAUGAAAUUAUCCAAUUGUUUAGUUUUAAGCUCCUUGCUAUUGAAUCAGACACUCCAGAAAAGUUUAGUUCCACGGCUGACAUUAUCAUUCAACUGCUGGACACAAAUGACAAUAUUCCUAAAUUCACUUCCGAGUUCUACAUUGCACGGAUUCCCGAAAACUCUCCUGGGGGUUCUCCUGUUAUAUGUGUUACGGCAAAUGAUGCCGACUCAGAAAUGUGGGGAGAUGUGAAGUAUUCCAUAUAUGGAACAGGAGCUGAUCUAUUUCUGAUUCACCCAACUACGGGGAUUAUAUACACUCAGCCUUGGGCUGUGCUGGAUGCUGAGGUACAAUCUAGAUACAAUUUUCACAUCAAAGCGGCAGAUGUGGAAGGAAAGCAUAGCUUGGCUGAAGUCUUUGUAACAGUCCUAGAUGUCAAUGAUCACUACCCAGAAUUUAGUGAGGGGAUUUUGGAGCAAGUUAUGAUCAUUGGAUUGCCUGUGAAAGUCGAGGCCAAAGAUGAAGAUGCAGAAGAACCGAAUAAUAUUAUAGAUUACUCAAUAAUGCAAGCAGAUCCUGCAAAUGUUUUUGACAUUGAUCAAGCCACAGGGGAGAUUGUGCUGAAGUCCUACAUCAAAUCUCUGGAGGUCAUUCACAACAUCACCAGAAACAAAGACUGUCAGUGGUCACUAGUGGUGUUAGCUAAAGACAGAGGCUCUCCUUCCUUCAGCACAACAGCAGUUGUGAGGAUCGACAUUACAGAGGAGACUUCAGGCAAAGGGCACAUGGCAGACUUUUUGUUGCAAUCUAAAGAUAAUCCUAUGAAAACCCUAGGAGUGCUAGCUGGCAUAGUUUGUUUUUUUGUGAUGCUUACAAUUUUAAUUUCGACAAUCAUGUUUUGGCGGAACAAAAAGUCCAACAGAGUUGGCCCAGUGAGGCGUAUCAUAAAGAAAAGGCCACGCCAUAGAUCAAAGACUCGCAGAUCUAAAUGGUUUCAAAAUAAGAAAUCAGGCAAAAGAAACAUUGGUUUCACAGCUUCUGAAGCCAACCACCAUUUGCAAGAUGUGAGCACCAGAUGUAACCGUCCACCACUUCCGUUGCCAUGUGCACCUUUGCUUCCUCCUCAACCUUCUAUACUCCCGACCAGUCUCAACCAGCCAGAUUGGGUCCUGCCGACAGUGUCGGGAUCACUCAGCUCCAAGGGGUCCCAUAUCCCACAACAGACAAAAUGCAAGAUGUCGAACAUCAACAGUGCCCUGGUGUCAGAGCUUAAACAGCGAUUCGAACAGAAAAAGAAUGAAGAUGCUUCUAAGCUAUAUUUAUGA